AUGCCAGUCAGUCCUCUUGACAACAUGGAACUAGAGCAGGCAUAGGCAAACUCGGCCCUCCAAAUGUUUUGGGACUACAACUACUAUCAUCCCUAGCUAACAAGACCAGUGGUCAGGGAUGAUGGGAAUUGUAGUCUCAAAACUUCUGGAGGUCCGAGUUUGCCUAUCCCUGAACUAGAGAGACCGGUGGUCUGUCUUUGUGUAAGGAGCCUUCCUGAGUUCUUCUGUUUCCCAAGCCGCUUCAGUGCCAUUUUCUUGUCUCUCUCCAAACCCAUUUCAGUGCAUGUUUCUGAAUGAAGGAGGCAUUCUAAUCAGUGUUAGUGAUUAGAAGCAUGGAUACAAAGGGUUUUAGCUAUGUCGGUUCCCUACUGAUUAAUAUAGAAUAUGAUCCUGUAAAUAUGACCUUGGAGAACUGACGCUCAGGACCAUUCUCAUCCAGCAUCUUGCUAGUAGUGGGAUAUUGCUAUGCGGACGAGCAUCACCUUGUAUUUUUGUAGUUUGGAUAUAGGCCACCAUGGCAACAGCAUUCAGCAGUGAUGGUGUUGAGGUUAUGCAGCGGGCCGUGAUUCCUGCAGAAGCAAGUGGACGUCCCCCAACCACCAGGCUGGAAGAGUUCUAUGAACUAGAGAGAGCAGCUGCAUUUGUAUCUGAUAAUGGCUUCACUAAGGUUGCUCUUCAGUUUCCCGAUGAACUCUUGCCAGAUUCAGCAAGCCUUGCUAGCAAGAUGGAAGCAGCAACUGGUGCCAAAAUGUACAUUCUGGGGGACACAUCAUACGGCAGCUGUUGCGUGGAUGAAGUGGCAGCAGAGCACGUGGGCGCUGAGGCUGUGGUGCACUACGGCCCUGCCUGCUUGAGUCCCUGCCGCAAGCUGCCCGUGCUCCAUGUGUUUGGCCGCAAACAACUAGACGUGGCGCGCUGCACAGAAGUCUUCCGGGAGUUGCAUCCAGACCCUCUAGCUCAUGUGGUUGUGCUGAGUGAAGUGGCCUAUUUUCAUUCUCUUGAUAACCUGGCCGCUCUGCUGCACCCCAUUUAUCCCAAUGUAGUUUUCUCUCAACUGGAUAACAAGGAACUUCAGCCAGUUCCCGGGCUGGUGAAGAAAUUUGGGCGGCACUUUGUAGUGGACAGUCAGCAUGGUCUUGACAACUACGCCAUGUUCUACGUGGGUUGUGAAGGCCCAGAACUCACAAACUUCAUGCUGAGCUGGAACCGGUGUCCCUUCAGCUCCUUUAAUCCUCAGACAGGACAAGGCCGACGGGAAACAUUGGAUGUGAACCGGGCCCUGAGGCGACGCCUCUAUCUAGUGGAGCGGGCACGGGAUGCCCAAGUAGUGGGCAUUGUGGUGGGCACUCUUGGUGUGGCAGACUACUUGUCUGUUCUGGAGCAUCUGCGUGGCAUCAUUCAGCGGGCAGGCAAACGGGCCUAUACCUUGGCUGUGGGUAAACCCAACCCUGCAAAGCUGGCAAACUUUCUAGAGGUGGACAUUUUUGUGUUGGUAGCCUGCCCACAGAACUCUUUGCUUGAUUCAGCUGACUUCUACCGGCCUGUGGUCACACCCUACGAGCUGGAGAUGGCAUGCAAUCCAGCACGGACCUGGACAGGCAGCUAUGUCACAGAUUUCCGUCACCUCCUACCAGGAGCAUGUGCGCACACCCCUUUCCCAGACAAGGUUUCAGAGGCUGACAGUGAACCCAGCAUUUCACUCAUCACCGGCGAGCUACGCUCAACUUGUCUUUAUACAGCACCAGACCCAGAGCCAAGCUCUGGCACUUCUGUGACCUGCCGCAGCCAUAUGCAUAUGGCUGAGAGUAGCCCAGCAGGCUCAUUUUUGGAGUCACGAAGCUGGCGGGGGCUGGAGCAGCAGCUGGGGCAGUCAGCAGUCACAAAAGCUGUGGCUGGACGACGGGGGAUUGCCAUUGCAUAUGAAGAUGAGCCUUCUGGAUGACAGUUCCAGCCGGGCCAUGCUGAGAAAAAGUUGCCUUCCCUUUCUGCAUCUAGAUGAGAUAACCAAACAUGGUUUUUAUCACAACCUUCUCCCUCCUACCCACAACUAGGCACAUGUAUAAGGCAAGGAAUAUCACUUUCCCUGGCCUGGACAUUCCUCUUGGUGGAUGGACAGAUCAACAUUUUAACUGGCUGACAUCUACAAUACAGUAGUUCUGCCAAAUGGUGUUUUUUAUGUUAAGAAGCUAAGUAAACCUAUUCUUCUCACUGUG